GUGACGCUUCCGGAAAUAGAUCGCAGGCAGUUGAAGAAGCUAACAGUUUUUAUAUGAUGAAUUCAUCUGAUUAUCAAAGAUUAAUCCGCAAUCGACUGAACUGACGGAUCAGUCAAUAAUCGGACGGAUGUGAUCGCUUAAUAAUGAAGUGAUGGAACUGAUGCUCUUCAUCUGUUUUUACAUCAUCAUCAUCAUCAAUAAUAAUAAUAAUAAUAAUAACAAUAAUACAACACACACGGAUGAUCUGCGCCCUUCUCCAACUGGACUGUAGUCGCUGAAUGGACAGACAUCAUCUUCCAGACGGUGAUAUAAAACACUGUAUGAAAUGAUCAGUGUGUUCUUCACAUGUUACUGAGAUGUCGGUGUUCAGUGAGUUUGUGGCUCCGCCGGAGUGUCCGGUGUUCGAGCCCAGCUGGCAGGACUUCAGUGACCCGUUCGGAUUCAUUCAUAAAAUCAGAGAGAUCGCCGAGAACACUGGCAUCUGCAAGAUCAGACCGCCACAGGGUUGGCAGCCUCCUUUUGCCUGUGACGUUCGGAGUUUCUGCUUCACUCCACGAAUCCAGCGACUCAAUGAACUAGAGGCACUCACCAGAGUCAAGCUCAAUUUCCUGGAUCAGAUCGCCAAGUUUUGGGAGCUUCAGGGUUGUAAACUGUUUUUUCCUCAUGUGGAGAGAAAAGUGCUGGAUCUGUACCUGCUGAGCAAGCUUGUGUCUGCAGAAGGCGGUUUUGAGCUUGUCUGUAAGGAGAAGCGCUGGUCUAAGAUCAGCAGUCGCAUGGGCUUCCCGUCCGGGAGGGGAAUCGGAUCUCUGCUGCGUUCUCACUUUGAGCGGAUCCUGUAUCCAUACGAACUCUUCCAGUCCGGAGCUUCAUUAACAACUGUUCACAGGCUUUAUCCAGCAGCUCUUGAUGCUGUUGAUGAAGGUGUUGGAGAGGAAGAGGAGGAUGAACAGGAGAGAAGAGCUGAGAGACGCUCUCCACGACACCUGAAAGACGAGAGAGAAAACACUGAACCUAAAGCUGUGCAGAUGUUCAGCAGUGCUCCACAGAUACUCACUGUUGAGCUCAUCACACCUGAUGAUGAAGGUUUUAUCAGGAGACAGAAACACAUGAAGGCUCAAGCAUUUGCUCUUAAAAUGCGUCCAUGUAAAGAGAUUCUGGAAGUCAAUUAUAUUGACAUGUACAUGUGUAUGGCGUGUGGGCGGGGUGAUGAAGAGGAACGCCUCCUCCUCUGUGAUGGCUGUGAUGACAGUUACCACACUUUCUGUCUGAUCCCGCCGCUGCAGGACGUGCCUAAAGGAGACUGGCGCUGCCCCAAAUGUGUGGCGGAGGAGUGUAACAAGCCUCGGGAGGCAUUUGGUUUUGAGCAGGCCGUCCGUGAAUACACCCUCCAGAGCUUUGGCGAGAUGGCCGACCACUUCAAAUCAGAUUACUUCAACAUGCCCGUUCAUAUGGUGCCCACAGAACUGGUGGAGAAGGAGUUCUGGCGUUUAGUGAGCAGUAUUGAGGAGGAUGUGAUUGUGGAGUACGGUGCUGAUAUAAGCUCUAAAGACGUGGGAAGUGGAUUCCCUGUACGAGACGGAAAGAGAAAACUCUUUGGAGAUGAGGACGAGUACGCUAACUCCGGCUGGAAUCUGAACAACAUGCCAGUGUUGGAACAGUCUGUCCUCUCUCACAUUAAUGGGGACAUCUCUGGGAUGAAGGUUCCCUGGCUGUAUGUGGGCAUGUGCUUCUCAUCUUUCUGCUGGCACAUAGAGGACCACUGGAGCUACUCCAUCAACUUCCUGCACUGGGGUGAACCGAAGACGUGGUAUGGAGUUCCAGCACAUGCAGCAGAGCAGCUGGAGUCUGUAAUGAAGAAAGUGGCUCCAGAACUCUUUGACUCGCAGCCGGAUCUUCUGCAUCAACUCGUCACACUCAUGAACCCCAAUGUUCUCAUGGAGCACGGCGUCCCGGUGUAUCGGACCAAUCAGUGUGCAGGAGAGUUUGUCGUGACCUUCCCAAGAGCCUAUCACAGUGGUUUCAAUCAGGGUUACAACUUUGCUGAAGCAGUGAAUUUCUGCACGGCAGACUGGUUGCCCAUGGGGCGUCAGUGUGUGGCACAUUACCGGCGUCUGCAGCGAUACUGUGUAUUCUCACACGAGGAGUUGGUGUGUAAGAUGGCGACUGAUCCCGACAGCCUAGACGUGGAGCUGGCCGCAGCAGUGGUCCGAGAGCUCGCCGACAUGAUGGAGGAGGAGUCAAGACUGAGAGCAGCCGUGCUGGAGAUGGGUGUGCUGUCCUCAGAGCAGGAAGUGUUUGAACUACUGCCUGAUGAUGAGCGUCAGUGUUGGAGGUGUAAGACCACCUGUUUCCUGUCUGCUGUUACCUGUGCCUGCAGCCCGGAGCGCCUGGCGUGUCUGCACCACGCAGCAGAGCUCUGCAGCUGUGCAGCCAGCAACAAAUGUCUGCGGUACCGGUAUAAUCAGGACGAGUUUCCCUCAAUGCUUUAUGGUGUGAGGUCACGUGCUCAAUCUUACGACACUUGGGCAAAGAGAGUCACUGAAGCACUGGCAGCUGAUAAUAAGAGCAAGAAAGAUCUGAUCGAGCUGAAAGUUCUGCUGGAGGACGCUGAAGAUCGGAAGUACCCCGAGAACAAUCUGCUCCGUGGUCUCAGAGACACGGUGAAAGAGGCCGAGACGUGUUCUUCUGUGGCUCAACUGUUGCUCAGCCACAAACACAGACACAAAAGAGAACGUCCUGACAGCAGCGCACAGCGAGCUCGCAGCAAAUUGAGCGUGGAGGAAUUGAAAGUGUUUGUGGAGCAGCUGUACCGUCUGCCCUGCAUCAUCAGUCAGGCUCGACAAGUUAAAGAAUUGCUGGAGAACGUGGAGUACUUUCACGAGCGCGCUCAGUUUGCUCUAGCAGAUGUGACUCCUGACUCCAGUAAGCUGCAGGCUCUGGUGGAUUUGGGCUCGGGUCUGGACGUGGAGCUGCCGGAGCUGCCGAGACUCAAGCAGGAGUUGCAGCAGGCACGCUGGCUGGACGAGGUGAGGCUCACUCUGAUGGAGCCGCAGCGCGUGACUCUGGAGCUCAUGAAGCGCCUCAUCGACUCUGGCGUGGGUCUGGCUCCCCAUCACGCUGUGGAGAAGGCCAUGGCGGAACUGCAGGAGCUGCUGACAGUGUCAGAGCACUGGGAGGAGCGGGCGCGAGCAUGCCUGCAGGCUAGGCCUCGCCACAGUUUACUCACGCUGGAGAGUAUCGUAAUGGAGGCGAAGAAUAUCCCAGCAUACCUGCCCAAUGUGCUUGCCCUCAAAGAUGCCUUGCACAAAGCCAAAGAGUGGACGGUCAAAGUGGAAGCCAUUCAGAACGGCAGUAACUACGCCUACCUGGAGCAGUUGGAGGGUCUGUUGGCGAGGGGUCGCUCCAUUCCUGUGAGGUUAGAAGCCCUACCACAGGUGGAGUCGCAGGUGGCGUCUGCAAGAGCCUGGAGAGAGAGAACUGCUCGCACCUUCCUGAAAAAGAACUCCACCUACACCUUACUGCAGGUUCUCAGUCCGCGUGUUGACAUUGGCGUGUAUGGCACCAGUAAGAGCAAGCGCAAACGUGUGAAAGAGCUUCUGGAGAAGGAUCGUGGUCUGGAGCUGGAGACUCUGUGCGACCUGGAGGACAGUUUGGAGGAAACCCGUGACCCAGCUACAGUCGUUGCCUCCUUCAAAGCCAGAGAACAUCAGGAAGUGGAGGCCAUCCAUUCGCUCCGCGCUGCCAACCUAGCCAAGAUGGCGAUGGUGGAGCACAUCGAGGAGGUGAAGUUCUGUCUGUGUCGUAAGAUAGCCAGUGGCUUCAUGCUGCAGUGCGAGCUGUGUAAAGACUGGUUCCAUGGCGCUUGCGUUCCCCUGCCCAAAGCCGGCACUCAGAAGAAGACGGGGGCGGGCUGGCAGGGCUCCAGCAAAGACUCCAAGUUUCUUUGCCCUCUGUGCCAGCGUUCCAGGCGACCGAGACUGGAAACCAUUCUGUCACUGCUGGUGUCACUGCAGAAGCUUCCGGUGCGUCUGCCGGAGGGCGAGGCGCUACAGUGCCUGACCGAGAGAGCCAUGGGCUGGCAGGAUCGUGCUCGGCAAGCCCUCGCCACCAAUGAGCUCUCCUCAGCCCUUGCUAAGCUGUCAGUGCUCAGCCAACGCAUGGUGGAGCUCGCCGCUCGAGAAAAGACAGAGAAGAUCAUCAAUGCAGAGCUGCAGAAGGCAGCAGCCAACCCUGACCUGCAGGGUCACAUCCAGACGUUUCAGCAGGCAGGUUUCAGCAGGGCCACAUCACGACCCUCGAUGGACUACGACGAUGAAGAGACGGACUCAGACGAGGACAUCAGAGAGACUUAUGGAUAUGACGUCAAGGAUUCAGGAGAAGUGAAGCCAUAUUUGUUCUGUGAUGAGGAGAUUCCAGUCAAAUCGGAGGAGGUGGUCAGUCACAUGUGGCCAACAACACCGUCAUUCUGUGCUGAGCAUGCAUACUCGUCUGCAUCCAAGUCCUGCGCUCAGAAUCCGGCCGCUUCACGCAAGCAGCCGAGGAAAACACAGCUGGUUCCGCGCAGUCUUGAGCCGCCGGUGCUGGAGCUGUCUGCCACGGCUAAAGCUCAGCUGGAGGAGCUGAUGAUGGAGGGAGAUCUUCUGGAGGUUUCUCUGGAUGAGACGCAGCACAUCUGGAGGAUCCUGCAGGCCACACACCCUCCCUCUGAAGACAAAUUCCUGCAGCUCAUGGAGACUGAAGAUGCUCAGCUGGACAAACCCAUCAAGCUGAAGGUUAAAGAUGUUGAGAAGAAGAGGAAGAGGAAGCUGGAGAGAGCCGAGCUGCUACUGGCCGCGAGCAGCUUGGAGGGCCGACCCAAGACUAAAGACAUGAAACGUGUUCUGGAGCUCAAACCCAAGAAGAAGAGACUGAAGCUGAACCCGGACAAAUCCCGUGAACUCAAGCAGCUUGCCAAACGCCUCGCUAAAGAGGAGAAGGAGCGCAAGAGGAAGGAGAAAGCCGCUGCCAAGGCAGAGUUUUACAAGGAGGGGCUGGAGAAGAAGACUAGGAAGAUUCUGGACAUUCCCUCAAAGUACGACUGGUCAGGAGCGGAGGACUCCAAUGACGAGAAUGCCGUUUGUGCGGCCAAGAACUGCCAGCGACCGUGCAAGGAUAAGGUGGACUGGGUGCAGUGUGACGGUGGCUGUGACGAGUGGUUUCAUCAGGUGUGUGUGGGUGUGUCCUGUGAAAUGGCCGAGAAUGAAGACUACAUAUGCUCUACGUGCUCACGGAAAGCCGCUGGAGAGACUGCAGUGAUGUCAUCACCCAUGUGCAGUCAGUCUGUCACGUCGCUACCCCAAACCGACCUGCAGGAGAUUAGUUAACCUGCAAACACACAGACAUUGAAACACUACACAUGAGCUAGUGCAUCAACACGGACAAGGGACACAGUGUGAAUGACAUAAUUUCUGUCUGAUAGAUUUAGCUCAUUAUUAUUGUAGCGUGGGGAUGCAUGACUCUUUUAUCUACCGCAGUGGUAGUUUUCAAACCGUUCCUGGAGCCUCCACAGUGCUACACAUUUUGGAAGUCUCCCUUAUUUUACACACCCAGUUUGGGUCAUGGAGUACUUUAGUUACUAAUUUAAGCUGACAAGUUCAUUCAGGUGUGUUCAAUGAGGGAGACAUCCAAAAUGUGCAGUGCUGGAGAGGCUCAAGGAACGGUUUGAAAACUACCACUGAGUAAACACGCACAGGAGAAUCUGUUCACAAACUAACCAGCCCAAGUCCACUGGUGGUCAACAUGAGAUUGUGCAGCAAAUGAACUUUCUGUUGGACCACUUCCUGUGCCCACAGCCAUAGCUGAUAUGGUUCCAUUUGCAGGGCGGGGUUUAAUGGUUGUAUUUAGUGAAUCUGUUUAUUAUUUAAAUGGAUUUUAAGCUAUUCAUGAUGACGAGUAAAAUGUUUCUCACCUUUACUCAAAUAAAUAAUGAUCGUGAUGAUGAUAAAGUCUUUUCGAUGUGUGACAUUUUUUAUGAAUUUUAGUUGGCAUAGUGAGUGUGUGCAGUAUGGGGAAUAUUUUGCUUACAUAUAGUCUUGUAAUGACAAUGUUCAGAUGAUUGUUACGAAAUACAUAAGUAAGAUCUUGGGAGAUGUCAGGAGAGCACACAAAUCAAAGUGUGUCAAGAAAUGUCACCUGUUUAUUCUAAGCACCUGCACAGUUAUUUGUGUCCUGUUUGAAACAUCCUUUAAAUUUUAUAAUGUGGGUGAAUUUCACCCAAAAUAUUAGCAAAAAAAUAUGUAUAUAGAGAAAAUGAAGCCGUUUAAGCCUUUAACCCAAAAUUCCCAUUUUUCAGUACAACAAAUACUUCUAUGAGGUAUAAAUACUUGCAACCUUAAACAUGA